AUGGCCACGGGCUCCUACGACGGCUGGUCGUCCCCCGCCGGCUUUACCAUCUCGAGCAAUCCUCCCAACCCAAAGACCAACUUCCGCGCCGGUGAUUGGAUGCGGAACAACACUUGUAUAGGUUGCGGUCACCAACGCCACCCCAUCAUCAGCUCGCCCGCAGACCACAUCCGCAUCAUGUCCACGCCCUCCUACCUCGCGCCCCCGAUGGCCCGCCUCUCCCCGCGCUUCGCCGCCUCCGCCGGCUACUCCACGCCCUCCAUAUACACCGACUUCUCGCACGGGCCCGCCUCGCCCGCCGCCCGCCUGCGCACGCAGAGCUCGCCCGGCGCGCUCUCCAACGGCUCGCCCCUCAUGCCGCCGUCCCCCCUGGGCCUCCCGCCGUCGCCGGGGCCGGGCCGGCAUGCCGCCGAUGGGCACGAUGGCGCCGAUGUCGAUGGGCCCCCGGGCGUCCAACCCAACGUGUCGAACGACCCGCUCUCGCCGUGCAUCAUGUACUGGCCCGACAACGAGCCGCUCCCCGAGCAGGGACAGAUCCGCCCGAGUGGCUCAGCGGUCGUCUCGUUCCCGCCGAUCGUCAACACGGGGAACAAGGGCGCGGCCGAAAAACAGCCGGGGGACUGGGUCUGCCACAAGUGCAACUACCUCAACUGGCGCCGCAGGAAGGUCUGCCAGACCUGCUUCCCAUACGCGGAAGGCAAUGGCGACAGCAUCUCCACGGCCGUACAAGCCGAACGCAUCGCCCUCCUGGAGAACGUCCUCGCGACGCAGGUCGGGCAGACCCGCAAGCACGUCCCCGAGGCCCUGCAGCUCCCGCGCCUCGGGUCCACUGGCGGCGUCUCCUUCCCCUUCACCGACUCGCCCACGGCCUACUCGCCCGUCUCGCCGACCUCGCCCUGGUCCGCGCACUCCGAGCAUGGCCCUGCCGCCCCGCGCGCUCCCUUCGCCGCAGGCUACACCCACCACAGUCGUUUCGACGAGCCUCUCCCGAACCCCACGCCGAUCUACCAGACGUCCGACGGCCCGCACGACAGCCGUCCCCGCCCGCACGGCAGCCGUCCCCUCCCGCAGCACCGCUCGUCCCUCCCGCCGCUCGCCGCCGCCCUCCCGCCGCGGACCGCGCCCGCGAGCGGGAGCCUGCUCCCCGGCUUCCUCGUGGACAUCGUGCACUCGGACUCGCCGUCGCUCUCGCCGAGCACGUCCACAUCCUCCGCGGAGCUCUCGCUCGACACCGACGAGUACGACGACCGCGACCCCACGAUCGCCGUCCGUGGCGCGCGGGCCAACACGAACGGCUACCGCGCGCAACAGCAGCAGCAGCACUCGAGCCGGCUGGGCGGUGCCAGCGGGAACGCGUCGACGGCGUCGCUGACGAUCCACGAGAACAGCAUCUGGAAGAUGGACGGCGCGGAGCUUCGCGUGCCUCCGAGUCUGCAGAGCAAGCCCGCGAACCCGCACCCGCGCCCCCACGCCUUGGCGACAGGCGUGCAGGGCCUCGCGGCGGCCGUUGCAUCCCUGUCCAUCGCGUCCCCGGCGCGCCGCCGAUGA